AUGGCUAUGCGGCGGAAAUUCACAUUUGAAUUGCCGGAGGACAGUUACUGGAACGAAGCGGACUCGAAUUCAUCGGGCCUUUUCGAUGAUUUGCAGUCAAAACAGGUAGGAUUUUCUUCUUUUUGUAAACGAAUUCACGCGUGACCGAAUGUUCUUCUUAAAAUUUCGUUGUCCGGCCGUGCUGAAAUAAAUACACGCUUUUCAAUGUGCAUAUCACGUAAAUUAAAGCUCCAAGCCCGGGCGGCCGUUGACAAUCUUUUCGGAGGCGAUGAGACCCCGAAGCCGUACGUCCGUCCCCAGAAUCCGACGCCAACACCUGGCACUACCGCCGCGCCACCUUAUAUCGACGUGCGCGCCGCCGCCGCUUCCGACAAUGCCAAUAUCCGACUGACGGAGUGAGUUGUUUUGCUUGUGGACCAAUUUUCAUGUUCUCGCAUUUCAGCACCUCUCCUCGGGCCACCGGAAAAAUAGUCGACGACUUUUUAAGCAUGAAGUUGGCGGAAAACGUAAAGCCGGCUCGUGUUCUCCAGUCCGCCCCGUCCGUAGUCUCAGAAGCAAGUGCCAGCAGCAUGCCGAGCGAGGCGAGACCCAUGGAUCUGGAUCACACCCGUCUCAAAGCAGAACAUCGGAAACUGAAAGAUCAGCACGAUGUAAAUAAAUUCAAAACUACAUUUUCAAUAAAAAAGAUAAAAUUGCAGCUCCUCCGUCAUGAGCGAUUCCAACCUCUGCAAAUUGAAGUGGCGCUGAACAGAAUGACUCAGGGACACCCUGUUGCGCUCGAUUUCUACCGUUCUCUUCGAGAAAAGACGGAACUGCUCAGACAAGUGGUCGCGUUGCACGAUAAUAACUCGAUAUUCAAAGCGAUUGUGUUCUUGGAACGGACGCUCAAUGAGAACGUCUUUUUCAAAGUCAUGAGCCCUCAAAAAAGUGCGUGUCGAGUCUACACUCGACAUUUGCAGAUAACUAAACAGUGGGAAAAGAUGAACAAGUUCUUGAGGUAAAUUUUAAUUUACAAAUAAUCAAAUUCUUUCUGUCUAAAAGCUGCACAAUAGAAAUUUUCAGAGGAGUCGGUCAGUAUCAGCAUGCAGCAGUAAUUGAAUUCGAAGCAACUAGAAAGUACAAAAAGAAUCCGGACAAACGAGUUCCGUUGCUGCGAACCAUGUUACACGGAAGUUUCUCGAUUCCCGAAAUGAAACAUGAAGCGAAACAGUUGGAGACACUCAUGAGAAAUUAUGAAAUUCAAUUGCAAAUGGAGGUAUUCAAGCGGGAGAAAUUCCGCUGAACCUUGCUCAUUUUCAGAAAAUGGACGCAGGCUGCAAGGGAGAGCACUUCAGGAAAUUCCCAAAAAGCAGUUCGCUCAUCGGCCUUCCCGCUCUCUCAACUCUCUAUUACUCGGCCAUGUAUCAUUUCGACGACUCGCCGGUAAGUUCAAUUCUUUUCUUUCCUAUCUUCAUGCACUUUCUUGCAGACGUGCUCCGCUUCGCUUCCCUCCGUUCAGACUCUCAUCCGAUUCAAUGACCGUCUUGCCGUCCAAACUAUCGUUUCGGUGCUCACCAGGCAAAGCCGUUGGCCAGAUAUUGACAAGUUCCUUCAGCCAAAAACGAUUACGAUGUCCCUGAGUGCUGCGAAAAGUAAUCAAGCGAUAUCAUUUUAAUUUCAAAAGAGAUCAUUUUCAGGUGUGUUCAAGGGCAAGAAAACGACAAGCAAAUGGAGCGGCGCCGUCCACAGUCAAAACCUCCUGACCAUAAUUCGACGAUCCCACCCGUCACCUCCGAAUGACGUAGUCAUUCUUCAUCGCAGCCAACUCAAAUCCUUUCAUUUCAGUUCCUCUACCGUGUUCUGAAAGGAGAAACCGAAGCUCAGGAGCGGCUCCGCCUGGCAGUUCUGUUCGAAGUUCCUGAGAUGGUCAUCGAGUGCCUCACACAAAAGGGCGAUCGAGCGAGUUUGGCCUCCUAUUCGAAAUCACUGAAACCCAAUUCGGUGGAGUCGUUCAAAGCGAUCGCCGCUCUGAACAAUCCGUCGAUCAAGUGGAAAUGA